GUCAUGUACUCUUUGUCUAUGAUGACUGAAUUUAGUGUUAUAUAUGUACCUGUUUUCAUUGUUUCUAGCAUGUUUCUGGGGCUUUCAUGAUGUAGUGAAAACUCUUCUGGACAAAGGGGCAGACAUCAAUGCACAGAACAAAGAUACUCUCUGGACACCACUGCAUGCUGCAACAUUUCAGGAGCAUGGAAAAAUUGUGAUGCUUCUUUUGGAGAGAAAUGCACAACCAGAACUACCUGAUAGUGAAGGAAGGAGUGCAAAGGAUUUUGCUUCAGCCUCUGACAAAGUUUGGCCACACUUUGCAGGUACGAGUGUAUUAAGACUGAAAAUGUGCAUGUACACUGUAGUAUAUUCCAGCAGUAUAUAAAUUUCUACGGGCGACAUUAUGUACUUACACCGGCAUAGCUACAUGCACUAUACU